UUUCAAUGCAAUAAAUAGUUAUUCAGAUUCUCUGUUCGGAUAGACGGAGAAACUGGAAGCCGAUUACAGGCUUUCACCCGCGCAAUUUGGCUCUGAUCAUCUUCUCCGUCUGAUUUCAAUUCAACGGCUUCGAUCCUAAGAUCGAUCUUUAUUUUAAGCAUUUCUUUUAAUAUCCGCCUCGAUUGUCUUCUCAAACCAUUCACCUGGUCAAGCUGUUCAAUUCAGGAAUUUUGGUCAAUACUGUCUUCUCCGAAGCAGGGAUACCAUUUUUGUUUGGUUCCAGUUUGGGUUAGUCGAAACUUCUUCGGCAUCUCUGUUCAUCGAUGAUCGAAGCUGCGGUCGUUUGAUUGUUCAAUUUCUCUGUAGAGGCACGGAGACGUAUAUCCGAGAAACGGAUUUAAAAGGCUUGUCAUCAGUAUCAUCCUUGUUCCUUUCUUGCAAGGCUGAGUUUUUCUCUUCUGCUGGCAACAUGGGGUGCUAUCCUAGCAAGAACACAGAUUCAAAGGCCAGCCGAGUUGCGCGAUGGCAAGCUACUGGCAUAGUGGCUUUGCGAGACUCAAAGUUGAAGACAUUUCCUGAUGAAGUUCUUGACCUGGACAGAUCUGUCCGCACCCUUGAUGUAACAAACAAUAAAAUAGUUGAUAUUCCUAUGGAAGUCUGCAAAUUAACAAACAUGCAGCGUCUGAUAUUGGCAGAUAACCUUAUUGAGCGUUUACCAAUGAAUUUGGGGAAGCUCCAAUCUCUAAAAGUUAUGAUACUUGAUGGAAAUCACAUUACCACAUUACCCGAUGAAUUGGGUCAGCUAGUAAGGCUUGAACGUUUAUCUGUCUCCCGAAAUUUGCUAUCAUCCUUACCUGAAACCAUUGGAAGCUUGCGGAAUUUAUUGCUUAUCAAUGUAUCAAACAACAAGUUAAUAUCACUCCCAGAAUCAGUAGGAAGUUGCUUCUCCCUUGAAGAAUUGCAAGCGAAUGACAAUCUCAUGGAAGGCCUUCCCUCAUCUUUGUGCAAUCUGAUUCACUUGAAGUCGUUGUGUUUAGACAAUAACAAUAUCGGCCAGUUACCGUCAAGCCUGUUGAAAGAUUGCAAAGCAUUGCAGAAGGUAUCUUUGCAUGGUAAUCCAAUUUUAAUGGAUCAAUUUCAGCAGAUGGAAGGAUUCGAGGAUUUUGAAGCAAGGAGAAAAAAGAAAAUUGACAAACAAAUUGAUUCCAAUGUCAUGAUUAGUUCCAAGGGCCUCGAUGAGGGUGUCGACCUAUAAAAACCAUUGCACUGGCUUUAUAAACAAUUUAUUCAUGGAGAUGGGUUGCUUGUUUACUUGUUGGUUGGUUGCCGUAAAUUCAAAAUGGUGAAAGAAUCUUGAGAUGGUGACUGGACUAUUGUGCAGUGUUUUUGCAGAAUAAAAUUUACACAGAACAGGACACCAACGCCAGCACAGUGGCAUGUAUAAAAUCACAAGCCAUUCUACUGUUUUUUUGUUUAGAUGCCUUAUCAUUGAGCAGCCUUGUAUAAAUUUGAAAUCCAAAUCUCAAUACUAUUUUGGGCCCAGGCCCAGGCCCAAUGCGAAAUAUUUACUCGAUUUCUUUUUCUU